CUUAUGAUGUCCCACGAGGUUAGGAAAAAGCGUCGAAGGAGGGCGGGAACCAGGCAGAGACAUUGUUCACGUUCUAAUUUCCGAAGUUUCCUCGGUGAGGAUAGAGCCUGAAUAAGCCAGAGAGUAAAAGAACUGCUGGUGAAUGGCAUGCGACAACAGGAUUGGGGCUUUUCUCUGAUUGUUCAACUCAAGAUCUGUCUGCAUCAGAAUCUCUGGAGACUGAAGCUGGGACUUCCUUCCUCCCUAGAGGCCAGCAGGGGCCAUGAUUGCUGUAAGAGUAGGUCACGUGGCAAGGUUUCCUGUAUGCUGCUGCUGCUGCUGCUGGGUGUCCAUGGCCCGUACCCCGAAGCUGCCACUGCAGCAGUAAGUGUGGCAGCCGGAGGCUCUGUCUAUGCCAUACCACCUGACUGGUGCUGGUGAGACUGGGCAAGAGACCUUUGCAUCUUAGCACCUUGGAAAACAGAGCAGGAGUGCCUCUGCAGGAGACGACCAUGUUGCGUCGCAAACCCUCCAACGCCAGUGACAAGGAGCCCACUCAGAAGAAAAAGCUCUCGCUUCAGCGCUCCAGCAGCUUUAAAGAUUUUGCCAAGUCCAAGCCCAGCUCCCCUGUGGUGAGCGAGAAGGAAUUUAACCUGGAUGACAACAUUCCAGAAGAUGACUCAGGUGUUCUUACCCCAGAGGAUUCCGGGAAGAGUGGCAAAAAGUUGGGAAAGAAGUGGAGGGCAGUCAUUUCCCCAACCAUGAACAGGAAGAUGGGCAAGAUGAUGGUCAAGGCCCUGUCAGAGGAGAUGGGAGACACACCAGAGGAGGGCUCAGCCUCCCCAACAUCUCCAGACUGCAGCCUGGGCAGCCCUGGGCCUGAGAAGAUGGCCCUAGCCUUUUGUGAGCAGGAAGAACGUGAAGGGCCAGCCCUCAGUCGCCAGACAUCCACAGGCAGUGAACUCUGUAGCCCUGGCCCAGGCUCUGGAAGCUUCAUGGAGGAGACACCUGCUCCCCAGUACACAGGGCCUUUUUGUGGGCGAGCUCGAGUCCACACUGACUUCACUCCCAGCCCUUAUGACCACGACUCACUGAAACUGCAGAAAGGAGAUGUUAUCCAUUUCCUAGAAAAGCCACCUGUGGGCACAUGGCUGGGCCUCCUCAAUGGCAAGCUGGGCUCUUUCAAAUUCAUCUAUGUGCCAGUGCUGCCCCAGGAGGCUGGGGGGGCCGUGGGCCCCCCAGCCGGCAGUGAAGAGGCCGAAGAGGGGGCUGAGAGCAGCCAGGAGCCCGUGUCGCAUACACUGUCAGACCCCAAGGUGGACAUCCCACGUGACUCUGGCUGCUUUGAGGGCUCAGAGAGUGGGCGUGAUGAGGCAGACCUGGCAGGCACAGAGGAGCAGCUGCAGGGUCUCUCCCUGGCCGGGGCACCUUGAAGGGAAGGAAGAUGGCAAAGGCCAAGGCUGAGCCCUAGCUGGAGAAAUUGCAGGGAUGGGUGUGGCCUCCCAGAAUGGCUCAGGACCAGAGAGAGGACUGGUGCAGAAUCUGGCCCUGGCUCACCAGGGAGGCUUCUGGAUGAAGGCCCUGCCAGGUUGCUACAGGCUCAGAUAGAGUGGAUAAGGGACUGCCCAAAGGCAUAGCCCACCUUCUGGACCCUCUCCUCCACCAGUGACUGCCAGCAUGGCUCCUUCUGGCGCCUUCCAUUCUCUCUCUAUGGCCAUGCAAGUGGGGCACCAAGGGACCUAGCCAUGCCCUAUGACCAAGGCCCCCCAAACCUUCUUACCCUCACACCACUGCCACACUGCUUCUAAGAAGAACACCAAACCACUGUUUCAAACCUGCCUCAGAGCCCUGGGGAAGCUGGCUGUUUCAAAGGACCUCAGUUGGCUAUGGGUAAAUCCAGAAUUCCUUAAAAGAGGUUUUAAGGAAGCUACACAUACUAUUCCUAUCCUUCUCAGUGUUUUAGAGGUCUGAUCACUAAGUCACAGUGAGACUUGAAGAUUCAAAUGGGCAAUUUUGAAGACCCCACCGGCUGACAUUCUAUAUCUUUAAAUAUUUGUUCUCCAACUGCCUGCCAUCCAGGACACCAGUGGGCUUCUUGGGGAGGCUGGAGGGGUCUUUCCAAUUUCAGGCUUCCCAAUGAAAGAGUUCGUCCUUCUCAUCUAUGUCAUACCUUCCCACCUGACUCAAACUGAACAGUAUCUUCUCCCAGCUUAAAACAAUGCCUGUAUCUCAUAUAAGUGUCCACUUCAAAGGAGAUUUCCCACAGGCUGGUUGAAUAACACAACUGCCUCUGUGCAAGCCAGAUGCAGGGAUGGGCCCAGAUUUGGUCGUUUGUGUAGAUCUUCACAUUGGAGGCUCCACUCAACCUACCAUUGCUCUGCUAAAGGUUUUAGCACCCUACCUCCAAAGGGUGGGGAGAUCUUCGCAUCUAUUACUUGACUUCAGUAGCAAGAGCAGCUCUUCCAGACGCAUGGUCAACUGUGCCCAUCACAGGUAGGACUGCCUGCUCAGUAAGUUGGCAUGCUUCUGAUCUACUACCAGGAACUUUUGCAAAAUCUAGUUUGGGUGAAGCAGUUGAAUUAUUGUAAAUAGGGGGUAUUGGGGAAAGGUGUUAGUAACAAUAAAUAGAAAUAGAACUUAA